AUGAUGACGCGUGGACUAUUUUUUAUCACGGUGGCAGUCGUGCUACUGUCCUCGAUCAACGUCAGCGUUGAGAAGGAUUUGAAAGACGACGUGGAUCUCAACGAUCGCAAAGAAAACAACGAGACGACGGUCACGUCCAUCAAGAUCAACGACGUAGAAUUCAAGAACAGGACAGAUAAACUACGGGAGAGUCAAUUGGAAGAAGUUCGUGCACUAUUGAAUAAUGGAAGUCGACAAAAUGCCAGCAGGGAACUCAUGCUACCGAAAAGCGCGGACAUCGCAAAGAUCAUAUCCGAUGAUCCCACUGGUGAUGAGGAAGGGUUGGAAGAAUUGCCUGAGCCACAAGAAUUGAGGAUUAUAAGACCCAACUUGCGGAAACGACCUGGUUAUCGACCUCCUCUAAGAAGACCAACUUCUCUAAAUCGAAGAAAUGUCUAUGCAGAUCUAUCGAGAACAUCACUAAUAAGACCACCCAGACGACCCACAGAAGUAAAACGAGAUCCAACAGAAAAAGAAUGUACUUUCUUCACGAAGACAGUUUGUCUCGAAGUAGCUGAUUACCCACACGAGGCGAUUACGAGGAGUUUGAGAAGCAACAAGGAGAUGGUCGCUGCAUUGUUGACUGAUUACAAGUCGCAAGAUUUUGACGAAUCUGCCGAAAGUCUUCCGAUUGCAUUGCCCCUGGAAAACAAAUAUGAGAAUCGAUACGAGAGUAAUGAAAUUAGGAGAAGAUCCGAUGCAAGUUCAUCAUUUGAAAAUGUCGAAGAAGGAUUCACGUGUCCAUCCGUCAUCAAAUAUGCACGACCACAACUAGCUAGAGCCGCUUCCGGUAUUUGGAAAUAUAUAAUAAACACUGGUGAACACACGCAAACUCUACGAAUGGAGAAAUGCUCAAACCUGCAGUCGAGUUGCUCUUUCAUAUCAGAGAACUAUCGAUCUUCUUGCAUGCAAGUGUACAAUUACCAUAGACUUUUGACAUGGGAUAACAAAUUGGGUCUUCACAUGGAUAUUUUCAAAGUUCCAUCUUGCUGUAGUUGCCAUGUGCACGGUUACGCUGAUAUUUUUCCACCUCAUCAAAAGGACCCAUCACUCAGAAUUAAAGAAUCGUUUCCUGGAUCUGACUUCGCCACCAGCGAUCAAAAAGAUGACUUUGAAGAGUCUCCGAAAUUAAAUUAUUUAAACAAGUUCCCUUUCGAUUCAAAUUUCUAAAACCUUGCAGGUUCAAGCAAUAAAAAGCCUACAGUAGAAACUACCCCUAGUAGACCACCGUUUAUUCUACCUGUAAGAACAAGAUCAAAGAAACCUUCGUCUACAAGUUCAAGGCCAUUCGAUAAAUUGCCUCAGCAACACGCACCGAAUACUAGAGCACCAGGAUAUACUGGACCAUUACUAAAAGGUUCUAGACCAAGUAGACCCAACAGACCACCAUAUAGAAGAGAAUCCACGUCUCAUGUUGAGGAACAAACUGAGACUGUGAACAGUACGAUUUUAAAUAGAUACAGUCAACCAUACGAUUUGCAAAUGGACGCAACGUCAAGACUACAAAAUGGUGGUUUCGACGACGAAUACCAAGAACCGCAGAGGCGAAUCAAUUAUAAUUACCACCCGAUUAUCGACUUCUUCAGACCAGAGGCAAUGAUGUUACAGUCGUCUGAAGAUUCAUCGACAUCGGACCAAAACGAUUCCAAUUCGUGGAAACCUUUGAUUGCUUCUUGAGCGUAAUUUUGCUUCUUUUCGGAGUACCUGAUCGUUUCUUCCUUUUGUAAGAAAUUAAAAUUGUCGGAUGUUCAUCGUGUUUUAACGUUAAUCAACCUUGCAAAAACGAAAGUAUUAUAUACAUAAUAAAUAUAUACGUCGGAAGUAGAUACUACAAUUCGACUUAUUGUUAGUUUCAUAGUUUAUUUUCUGUACUCGCUCGUAUUCGUUGGUGUCCUCCAAUUUCGAUUAAUAAAUCGUUUU